UGAAGCCCGUCGGUCGAAACGGAGGCUUCGUAGCGUGUUAUUUCUGUUUUGAUCAUGGUGUGGAUCUAUAAUGACAGACAUACAAACAAUAAAGAAUAUUUUUUCCAAUAAUAAUAUGCAAAAGUCGUUGAAGAAAAAUUAGCGCGGAAGCUCCCAAAGCUUGGAAUUUAAAUUUUAUGUAACUUUUUUAUGGUGAAUUAUGUUAAGUGAAUAGUGAUUUGUAAAAAGUGAAAAUGACUAUAUUUCACGCAUUGUUUGGUGUGUUAAUAUUUAGACUGUCAGUUGACGCCCAAUUUGGAACUGUGUCUAUAAGUGUCGAUAUGAGUCCAAGGGCUGAAAACAUGACUUUUAAUAGCCGAUGUCCAGCCAAUAUGUCCUGUGUGCCCAUAAGUGAAUGCCCAUUGUUAGAAGAUUUAAUGGAUUUCGCUUGCUUUUCAUCUGACAGGUAUUUCCACCGCCUAAAUUCGCUCACUUGCGGCAACUACAACAAUGAAGACUAUGUGUGUUGUCCGUCAUGUGAAUGCGGACGGGUGUACCCGCCGGGAACAGAGUCGUGUGGCAAAAGCAUGGUCCAGGGGAUCGACUACAAAGGCAUCGGCGCUCAUCCUUGGGUAGCUCGAAUAGGAUUUACAAAUAAAGAGACCGGCAAUGUGCGAUUUGCCUGCAGCGGAUCGAUUAUAGCCAAACGGGUUGUAUUGACAGCCGCUCAUUGUGCUUUGGCUAAACCGGAAGGAUACAAGUUAUCAACGGUUGUGAUCGGUGAAUGGGAUAUAAGCCGCAGUCCGGAUUGCAAUGAGUUCUUCUGCGCGCCCGCCACCCAAGCGAUCAAGGUGGAAAGUGUCUCCGUCCAUCCAGGAUAUGAGCAGAAGAUAUUUAGACACGACAUAGCCAUGAUCAUACUAAAGGACGAUAUCAAAUAUUCUGUGACAGCCGCGCCGAUCUGUUUGAACGAUAAGCCGGAAAUUGUGAUCAACGAACGCGCUUCGCUGGUUGGCUGGGGAAAACUAUCGGGACAAAAUAACUUGGUUGGGCGACAGCAACAAUUGGAACUCCCGCUGGUUUCUCUGGAGACUUGUGAACGCAUUUUCGGGGAGUCAGUCCCUAUUCACGAGGGCCAGCUAUGUGCGGGCGGUGAAGAAGGGAAGGACGCCUGUUCUGGAUUCGGCGGAGCUCCUCUAACACUUCAAAGAGAUGGACAGUAUACUCAGAUUGGUAUAGUAUCCUUUGGAUCCGAGAACUGUGGGACUGAAGGAGUCCCCAGCGUGUAUACAAACAUCGCUCACUACCACAAAUGGAUAGUGGAUAACUUGCCAUCGUGAUUUGUAAUUGAUAAAAUAAGAAAAUGUGCAAUUUUAAUUUAAUAAAGGAUAAAAUUAAAAGG